CAAACGUAUCUCUGUCCUUUAGCUCCUUAUAGUUGCUCUUACCCUAAUACAUAUACAGUCUUUGUUCAAUGUUUCCUUUCCCUCAUGAUCAUCAAAGCAAAGAUAUGGAAUUACAAAUAUCUUCGAGUACUCCCCACCAAGAAGAUUUUAUGCAACAGGAUCUGAUCAUGAUGCGGGGUAGUCAUGAUGUUUUGCCAUCUGAUCUGCAGGGACGUAGUCUAUCCAAUAUUAAUAUUAGUGAAGCAAAUAUUAACAAUAUGGCUGCUGAUUCUGACGAAAGGAAGAUCAUGCGUAGGGACAACGAGCGCCAAAGAAGACAAGUUAUGGCGAUUCGCACUGCAUCACUUCGAUCCCUCCUCCCUCUAGAAUUAAUCAAGGGAAAACGUUCAAUCACCGAGCACAUAAAUGAAGCAGUGAAUUAUAUAAAGCAGCUGAAGGAAAAGAUACAGGAGCUGAAUGCCAAGAGGGAAGAGCUUAGAAGGGUGUAUAAACAUUACAGUAGUUCUGCACAUGAUUUCAGUCCUGAAAUUGAUGAAAAUUUGGGUACUAAGAGUACUUCCAAUAUCAUGGUUGGCCUAACAUGUUGGGGUGGAGUGGAGAUUGUGGCAAGUACUAAUGGUACAAAUUGCAGUGAGCUAGAAGGGUUUUCUCUUUCAGGAGUACUCAAAGCAUUGCUUGCAGAGGGCCUUACCGUUGUGGAGUGUGCUUCCACCACAGCAAAUCAGAGGUUGAUUCACUCUAUUCAGUGUGAGGUCGACUAUUUGGCAUGUCUGGAUUUGUCUGAGCUACAACUGAAACUAAAUUUUUUAUGCAAUUCUGGCUAGUCAGCAUGGCCUUCUAGUUCGGAGAUAGGUAUUCCCUUCACUACGUUGAUUGAUCAACUUUGAUCAGACCGAAGCCUAUCUAGACUUACAAGUUGUAUGUUGUGUUUGCAUGUGUAGCUUGGUGCUCA